AUGAGACCAAGACCGAUGCCAGUGGUCAAUCCACCGUCAAAGUUCUUCUGCAUGAUCGUCAACCAUGGUCCUCCAGCUUGUCACAUCUCUCUCAAUUUUAACAACCUUGAUAACAGUGUCAUCUCCAUCAAUGGACUGAAGACAUCCACCUCCGACCACACCCACUAUGACUUCUUCCCAAACAGUGAUAAGGCUGUACUCGGCACCAACGAGGGUCAUCCAUGGACCUACACUGUAAAGGGAGGCCCAACCAACAUCUUGGUUGACUCUGCCGAGAUUACCGCCUACCACUACACAAGAGACACCAUCGGCCAACCAUAA